CUGAAAUGUAAUUAAAAACAUGUUUAAUUUAUCACUGAAGAAUAAUCCGUCUUUGAUUAGCGUUGCAUGUUGGUAUACACAAAACGAAGGUGGCUGGUUACUGGCAUAGCCACGGCUCCCUGGUGCAUGCAUUCUGGAGCCCCUCGUGGGUGCUAUUCCACUCUCAAGCGCUCUCUCUAUUGGUCAGCUCCUGAUCAGAUGGUCGAGUUUCCUUCUGUCCCGUACUGGCACCUCGCCACCCCCCUUCAGCUAAAAGCACAAUCUCCGAUAAAGUACUAAUAGUUAAACCACUUGGACUAUAAAACACAACAAAUCAUAAAGCUGGCAAAAAGGUGUCUGUCGUAUAAGGGUCCAGAUGAAUUCAUAUUUCGUAAACUCUACUUUUCCGGUGAAUCUUCCCGGAGCACAGGACUCAUUUCUGGGCCAGAUACCGUUAUAUUCAUCUGGAUACACGGAUCCUUUAAGACACUACCCCGGCGCUGCUUAUGGAGCUGCCAGCAGCGUCCAAGACAAGGCGUACCCUUCCUCGUACUACCACCAAGCCAGCGGUGCCUACAGCCGGACAGCCCCCUCCGCCGCUUGCGACUACGGUGCAGCUGGUUUUUACAGAGAAAAGGACCCGUCUUGCGCGAUCUCCGGUUUGGAAGAACAUUCUCUGGUUCUGAAUCCAGACCAGCGGAAGUCGGAUUGCGCGGCGCAGAAUAAAAACAUAUUUGGGGAGAGUGAAGACCAAAAAGCUACUACGGUCUAUCCAUGGAUGCAAAGAAUGAAUUCUUGCAAUGGUCCGGGCUUUGGGGCAAGCGGCCGGAGAGGUCGCCAAACUUAUACCCGGUACCAGACCCUGGAGCUGGAGAAGGAGUUCCAUUUUAAUCGCUACCUGACCAGGCGACGCCGGAUCGAGAUUGCCCAUGCGCUCUGCCUCACAGAACGACAGAUAAAGAUCUGGUUUCAGAACCGGCGAAUGAAAUGGAAAAAAGAAAAUAAACUGAUGAACUCCUCCCAGACGAGCGGAGAAGAAGAAGAAAAAGAAAAGAGGACAGAGUCAUAAAAAAGAAGAAAUAGAAAAUACAAGUUAAACAUAAAAA